CUUCGAGGUAGAAGCGUAUGGUAGAAGUAGAUGCUCCUCUACAAUCUGUCAAGCACCAACAACGAGGCUAGUAAAGUUUGUUUUGAACGAUGGAGGUGUCCUCAGUUGAUGGUUUGAAAAUGUUCGUGAACGAAAGACUGACUGCUGCGGCUGAAGAAAUAUUCGGAGUGUUUGAAAAAACUCUGUUUGUCUAUCAAGAGGAGAUCGUUCGUCAGCGCAGACUGUUGGACGCCGUCCUGAAACCAGAGAUAAGACUACAAAAGACCGGUGUGAAAAUGUUCUCUCUCUCUGUCUGUCUGUCUUUUCAGUUUGAUCGAUGGUACGAGGAAUUAAAAAUGUCUUUUAACGGAAUCAGCUGGUUCUGUGUAGAAAACUUCCUCUGGCGUUUUAAAAAAGCAAAGAGAUAGACAAGGAAAUAUCGACUAGCUGACAUGCUAACAAAUGUCAACAUCACAACAUACAGUAAUCACGGUUUUGUGAGGCGUUAACAUAUCAUAACAAAAAGUAUUUUAAAGGGAUAUUCCGGUGUGAAAUUAAUUUAGGGUCAAACACACGGUAACACCGAGUUAGACGUCCCCUCGAGAGAUGAAUGUUGCCGACCGCUUGCUUCUCUAGUUAUACCAACUUCAGUAACGACCACACGAUAGCAAUACACCGCAUUCUGAGGAGUAGCAAAGAGACUAAACACAAUUCACCUACUCUCUUCCAGCAGUCGCUUGUUUGUAGCGAGACCUCGGGCCAGUCCAUAAUAGACUACUGCGGGGUGACGCAGCUCAAGGAAGAACAUUUAUGAUCAUUUCUCUAUGAAAAUGCAAACAGACCAAGAUGCUAAGGCAGAAGAACUACCACGUCUGUAGGGCAAAAUUUUUAAUAUGAUGAUUAGUACUUCAAAGAAAUCCGUAAUGGACUGGCCCGAGGUCUUGCUACAAACAAGCGGCUGCUGGAAGAAAGUAGGUGAGUUGUGUUUAGUCUCUUUGCUAAAAAAAUAGGCAAAGGUAAAAAGAUGUUUGGUGGCUAGUACUAUGGCUGGGAACCUGUAUGUACUGUUGAUUAAGUUAGGUGCUGUUCUGAACUUUAUUUGUGGCUAUAGAGUGGUGUUUUGGUUGCGGUUUGCUGUUACGCCUCAGACCGCUGUGUAUUGCUAUCUUGCGGUCGUUACUGAAGUUGGUAUAACUAAAGAAGCAAGCAGUCGGCAACAUUCAUCUCUCGAGGGGACGUCUAACUCUGUGUUACAGUGUGUUUGACCCUAAAUUAAUUUUACGCUGGAAUAUCCCUCGAACUAUUUAAAGUCUGAUAUGCUGUUUUGGGGAUUGGAGAUCUUCUGAAACUUGGGCUGAUUACUUCAAAUGCCAUUAAUGCCAACUGAUUUUUAGUCCUGUUGAAUAUGUACCACAUUUACAAUGGCUGCCAUGUAACCGAGGUGCUUACACCUGGUCUUGUGGAAAAUUCUGGUUGCAUUGAGAGCCGUGCAGUAAAAAGUACAUCUUUUUUUAUGUCUCCCAGAUCCCCCACUGCCAUCACGUGGAUAUGAGAGUGUUCUCCUGGACCACAGCAAUAGUGAUCAGGAGUGUAGCACCCACCUGGACCAAGCAGAUCCAGAGCCACGGAUAAAACAGGAAAGGGAAGAAGCCAGCACAAGUUAUGAAGACGACCUGUUUAUAGUCCAUGAGGAUGCAGAGCCCUCCAAGUUAAGUCCCAAUCGUGAGGGAAGCAGCACCAGUGAGGCUAAGAUUCAGCUGUUAGACCAUGGUAGGACUCGAAGUGCUGCGGUGCAAGAACCACAGUCAAAUUAUUCAGAUGGAUGGAUCCAGUCUGAAUUGGACAGGGACAACUUUUUUGAAGCGGAUCUCAACGGGGACCAGCAUUUUAGAGCUGGAGACAGGCCACACAUAUGCUGCAUUUGUGGGAAAAGCUUUAAGAUAAAGGCCAAACUUAAGCUGCACAUGAGAGUUCACACAGGUGAAAAGCUAUUCCGCUGCAUGUUCUGCAAAAAGGAGUUUGCUUUUAACUCGUCACUGUCAAGGCAUCUCCGUGUGCACACAGGGGAGAAGCCUUAUGAAUGUAGUUUAUGCGGGAAAAGAUUUAAUGUUAGCACAACUCUCAAAGUCCACUACAGAGUCCACACAGGUGAAAAACCAUACAAGUGCAUGUCAUGUGACAAGGCCUUUACUACCUGUUCCAACCUAAAGAAGCACAUGGUUUCACAUGAUAAAAUGGGGAACAGCAGCCUAUACAGUGAAAGUUACUGAAUGUCAAUGAUGCAAAUGUCAGCUUUUGUGUUUCAGUUUUUUUUUUUACACUUGAACGUUGGGGUUAUGGUUGUUAUGAUGUUUAAAAAAUUAAAAAUUGACACGAAAUUUGCAAAUAUUGUUUCUUGGAUCUUUAAUUUUUAAGGAUAUUUUCAUGAACAAUAUACAACUGUAAUAAAAAUAAGUUUCAUUUCAUUGCAUCACAUUUAGGUAUACCAUGAGUUGCCAAUACACUUAGAUAUCACAUUCUACUUAGUAGUAGAUGUCAGUCAUUUAAUUUACUAAAAAGCACCUUUUCCUGUUGAGUUUUAAGGACACACAAUAACUAAGUGUUCACUGUUAAUGGCCUACUUUUCAAAAAAAAUUAUUAAAGGUACAACAUUGAGAUAAGAGAAUAUGUGGUGAUAUCUUGCAAUCAUAGACUGAAUGUGCUUCCUUACUCACCCCUCCUGCAGGUGAAGAGACAUUUAUGACAUUUCUGUUUGUUGUGUUUUUACAAUCAUAAAACAACUAUGUAAAUCCUAAA